UUGCUGUUUGGGGUGAUGUGACUGUGUGUCAGACAUGAAGGACAAUGGCUGUUAAGUCUUGGGAAGCUGACCAUCCAAUGGUGUGACUGGAGUGCAUGGCUCCUGACUGUGACUGGUUGUAUGCCUCAGUGUGGCUCUGCCUCCCUCACUCGCUCGCUCCCUCUGCUCGCUCGUUCUGUCGGGUGAUGCGGACGAGCUCUUAUUCCUCCACUUUCCUCCUGUGUGCUCCGUGGAUCGUUGCUGCAGCUGACCCUGGAAUUAUCUGGCAUUUGUCAAUUUGAACAGGAUGAAAACCAGGUUUCACUUCUUAUCUGGUCCCUGUGCUUUCUUUCUGUGUCUUCUGUCAGGAGGCACAUGUUCAGAUGCAGAGCAUAAGCUCUUCUCUGGGAUAUUUUCCAACUACAACCAGUAUAUACGGCCGGUGGAAAAUGUAUCUGAUCCAGUCAUUGUGCAGUUUGAGGUGUCCAUGUCACAGCUGGUCAAAGUGGAUGAAGUCAAUCAGAUCAUGGAGACCAAUCUGUGGCUGAGACAUAUCUGGAAUGACUAUAAACUUAAAUGGAACCCAAAAGAUUUCGGAGGCGUCGAGUUUAUCCGAGUGCCGUCCAACAGGAUUUGGAAGCCAGACAUUGUGCUGUACAACAACGCAGUUGGAGAUUUCCAGGUUGAUGACAAAACAAAGGCCCUGCUUCGCUACAAUGGCGAUGUCACCUGGAUCCCUCCAGCUAUCUUCAAGAGCUCCUGCAAGAUUGAUGUCACAUAUUUCCCAUUUGAUUACCAAAACUGCACAAUGAAAUUUGGUUCAUGGACCUAUGACAAAGCCAAGAUCGACUUGGUGCUGAUUGGCUCAACUAUUAACCUCAAGGACUUCUGGGAGACAGGCGAGUGGAUGAUCAUUGAUGCACCUGGUUACAAACACGAUAUUAAGUACAACUGCUGCGAGGAGAUCUACACUGAUAUCACAUACUCUUUGUACAUCCGUCGUCUCCCUCUUUUCUAUACAAUCAAUAUGAUCAUCCCAUGCCUCCUCAUCUCCUUCCUCACAGUGCUCGUCUUCUACUUGCCCUCUGACUGUGGUGAGAAAGUAACACUGUGCAUCUCUGUCCUGCUGUCUUUGACCGUCUUCCUCCUCGUCAUCACAGAGACCAUCCCUUCCACCUCACUAGUGAUACCCUUGAUUGGCGAGUACCUCCUCUUCACCAUGAUUUUUGUCACUCUCUCUAUUGUCAUUACUGUUUUUGUGUUGAACGUCCACUACCGCACCCCGAAGACACAUACAAUGCCCUGCUGGGUAAAGCGUGUGUUUCUUGAACUGCUGCCCAGGGUGAUGUUCAUGACCAGGCCAGAGAGAGAUCCUGAGAAGGUGACUGUGGCUGGCAGUGUUCAGACGAUGCAUUCGAAAUCCUGCGCCAUUCAUUCAUUAGGUACUCUACAAAAGCAGCACAAACCUCAGGCCCUUGCCAACAGCUUGGUGUCAAGUUUAACAAACCGGCAAAGACUUUUUAAUAACACAGAGCUUUCCAAUCUCAAUAACUUGGGUGGAGACUCGAUCAAAUGUCCUAGCUCUGGGUUCUUGUGCUGUGAGGGCCGCUGCAACUGCUGCUGGCAGAAGAGAACCGGCAAGUUGCCUGCAGAUUCUGGAGGAGGGAGUGGAGGACUGAGCAGCCUAGGACCAUUGAGUGGAGGCAGUGCUGUGGGUGUUGGAAUGGGGAGUCAAUGCUCCAGCUCAGAGUCUUUGGAUGGAGGAAUAAUGCCUCUUCUGUGUCUUUCUCCUGAGGUCAGGGAAGCUAUUGAGAGUGUCAAAUACAUAGCAGAAAAUAUGAGACUACAGAAUGAAGCAAAGGAGGUUCAAGAUGACUGGAAAUAUGUUGCCAUGGUUAUCGACAGGAUCUUCCUAUGGGUUUUUGUGCUCGUGUGCAUCCUAGGAACAGCUGGCCUUUUCCUCCAGCCUCUAUUACUUGGGGAAGAUAUUUGAUUCAGUUUGACAAAACUAAUACUAAUACUGCAGACUGCUGAAUUCCGAGCAUAUGUUUCACAGAUGCUUAGAAAAAGUUUCAAAGCCAAGUCGAAAUCAUGACAAAUGUUGAUGGUAUUUCAGUAGAAGUGUUUCGUUUUGUUCAUAGAUUCAUAAAUCCUAAGGACAUGGCUGCAUUUAGGGUGAUUUUAACCGAAAAUGUUUAAGUGUCUUUAAAAAUGCUAAAAUGUUUCCCAAAGCCAAAGCCAACACAGACUCAGAUACUCUGAUCAUUCAACAGGUAAGCUUCACUAGAAGUGAAGACUGGGGCACAUUAUUACAUGAAAAUGACAUAACCUUUCUAUAGCUGUGAUAUUUUGCAGGCUGUUUUACUUAAUAGUCUCACUAAAGUGAUGUAUAAUAUCAUGUGUGACAGACUUCUGUGGUUGUGUAUCCUUCUGUAUUUAUCUUCUGUAUGUAGUUAAGCUCUGCUAAUGUUUGUGACUAUUAUAAAACCAGCUACAAGAAGUCAAGACAAGCCAAAUGGCUUUAUAACUUGUGGAAUGCUUCAGUCUCAGAAUGAGACUUGAAUGGGAUGCAGCACUUCAUAAGGUACUGUCUACAGAACUGUUUUGCAAUCGACCUGUGAUUUUUGUUUGGAUUGAUAAAUAGUGAGUAAUUAUACCUGAAAUAUGUCUAUAUAGAUAGACAUAUUUCAGGUACUUGCUUUGAGCUUUUUAACAAUAAAAAUCAAUUUUAAACAAACCUUUUUUUUUUACUUCAUACAAAGGUUAGUACAGUAGAGUGGGAGGGGAAAAAAUCUAAUUCACCACUGUGGCAGUAUACUUGGAAUAAUUGUCAUCAAUAUUGGGUAAAACCAUUUGCAGGGUAUCACAUAUAAGAUGGUCUUCCUAGCGUGAUGGUCCAGGGUCACCUGGCACAAGACGAUAGUGGGAGUUGAGCCACCUGAGAAGAGAUCUCAAAACUUCCCUGUAGGUAGCCGACAGUUGGUGUUGUAAGCCACCCCCGGUGUUGUGGGCCUCUUUCACUGCUCUUUCAGACCAUCUGUCUUCUCUGUCCAAAAAUUUGAACAU